CGGCGCCCCGGGGGGGAGGUGUGUCGCGUCACUUCCGCGUGUGGAGGAUGAACUUGGUGGAUUAUGAUCUCUGCAGCCGCCAGGAAGUGUUGGCUGAAGGUGCGGGCCAUGGACUUUGUCUCGUCCACAGCCAUCCUACCCCUGCUGGUGAGCUGUGUGGGAAUCUAUAGCGUCUUCAAGCUGCUGAAGCACUUGUUCAACAAGACUUACAUCCAGAACUCAGUGGUCGUCAUCACCGGUGCCACCUCAGGCCUAGGGCGAGAAUGUGCCAGAGUCUUCUAUGCAGUAGGAGCAAAGCUGGUGCUCUGUGGACGGAACAAGGAGGCCCUCGAAGAGCUCACAGAAGAACUCAUGGCUUCUCCCACUGCCCAGGACCAAGCGCACAAGCCAUGCACAGUGGUCUUUGACCUCACAGACCUUGAGGCCAUCACUGAAUCCACAGCUGAGAUUCUCGACUGCUUUGGCUAUGUGGAUGUGCUCAUCAACAAUGCCGGCAUCAGCUACCGUGGUGACAUCAUCGACACCAGCAUCGACGUGGACAAGAAAGUCAUGGAUACAAACUACUUUGGCCCAGUUGCCCUCACUAAAGCACUGCUACCCUCUAUGAUGACACGGCGGCAAGGCCACAUCGUUGCCAUCAGCAGCAUCCAGGGAAAAAUCAGCAUUCCUUUUCGGUCCGCAUAUGCAGCCUCCAAGCAUGCAACCCAGGCGUUCUUUGACUGUCUGCGUGCAGAGAUGGAGCAGUAUGGGAUCGAGGUGACUGUGAUCAGCCCCGGCUACAUCCACACCAACCUCUCUCUCAACGCCAUCACCUCCAAUGGGUCCAGAUACGGAGUGAUGGACAAGAACACAGCUGAAGGCCGAAGCCCCAAGGAAGUGGCCCAAGAUGUCCUCACUGCUGUGGGCGAGAAGAAGAAAGAUGUUGUCUUGGCCACUCUGGUGCCUUCUCUGGCCAUUUAUCUCCGAACUCUGGCUCCGGGGAUCUUCUUCAGUCUCAUGGCCUCACGGGCCCGCAAGGAGCAGAAACCCAAGGAUGCCUAGUGUGACAGCCAGUGGGGAAGCGAUGCCUAGUGUGACAGCCAGUGGGGAAGCGACCUCUCUGUUGUAGCCAAAGGAGCGAGGGACAGUUGUAUGUGCUGAGACUUGACAGAAAAUCUGUCUCGGGGAUGGGGUCAAGGAUGGAUACAUGCCCUGCAGCUCUGCAGACAGGCCCUGCGGGUACCGCACUAAAAAGAUCACCAGCCUCUCAGCCUCUCCCUAGCGCUGACCGUGACGCUGAAGGAGGAACUGCUGAACUGGACUCCAAGGGCUUUAAGAUAAUGAAAUAAAUUCAUGUAGCAGGAAGAGUCAUAAUCCUCAACAGUUACUAGAACCAUCCUUGACCUCCAGGCUUUGCCUAGAAACUGCUUCUCUUGAAAUCAGGAUCAUUCCAACUUCACUUGGCCCAUUUGUUCUCAUGCCUGGUUUAUCCAAGAUCACUCACUUACUGUUUCUAUGGAGUCACCCCAGGGACAUGAAGAUAUCAUUAUUCAUAUCCACCUCCUGGGCCUCACUCAGAACAACAAAUGGGCCAACAUGGUGGGGCCUGAAAGAUAGUACAUUAGAUAAGGCACUUGCCUUGCGUGCAGCCAACCCCAGUUUGAUCCCUAGUACCUCAUAUGGGCCCCCUCAGCUCCACCAGGAGUGACCCAAGUGUAGAACCAGGAUUAAGCUCCAAGCAUAGGCAUGCGUGCCCCACCCCCAUCUCUCAACGGGCUAAUAUGGUACUGGUUAUUUGACACAAGUGACUCCAGUCUUGGGGUGGAGCAAUAGCACAGUGGGUAGGGUGUUUGCCUUGCACACAGCCAAGCUGAGUUCAAUCUCCAGUAUCCUAUAUGGUCCCCUGAGCAAUGCCAGGAGUCAUUCCUGAGCAUAGGAGUACCCCUGAGUAUCAUCAGCUGGGGACAAAGGGAAAAAAAAGCCUUACAAGUGACUCCCUAGGUUCCCUGCCAACUCUUACCCUGUAGGACACUCUAAGCAGAUGAACUUACUGAAGAGACAGCAGCCAACAAGAGGGGAAUCCCACGGGUGCCACACGUCUAGAAAGAGGCCAAUUCUAGUCAGGUGGGGCGUGGUACUAAGGCAGUGUCAGCUCCAGUGGGGAAACAUCCUUGCUUUAGCUGUGACAGUCUGGAGCGCAGCCAGGAAGGAUGUCUGCUUCCACCUUUUGGAUUCAUUCAGAUACAGGGUGGAGGUUCCCUAGGUCAGCCUUGCUGACUGGCUCCUUCUGUAGGUCCUACUGUACAGAUACUGACCUUUCCUGUCAAUUGGGGAAUGCUAAUUCACCACCUGCAUCAAAAGAACAUCACUGUUAUUGAUAUUGUUUUGGAAGCCAGUGACCAUGGCUGGGAUCCACCAGUCACAGGUGUCAGCUGUGGCAUAGGUAGGCAUAGCUUGUGGUUCGUGGCCACAAGCUAUGGUCAUCCAGGGUUGUUGAAGCUGGAUCCUGAUGUGCUGGAUUGAAACAGAAUCAUAGUCUAGCUGUCUGUUGAGAACUGUCUGAGGCCCAGCUGCUGUGGGUAGAAUGGUGCACUCACAGCACUACAUGCCCUCCUGGCACCGAAGCAUGGGACUAAAGGAUAUCAUUUAGUGUUCAUGUGCACACAAAACCUUGAGUCUGCUGGGUGUUUGGGUACAAGGCUCCCAAGCUUCUGGAGGGAGGCAUCCCAGCAGCGAACAUGGGGCUGGAGCAAUAGCAUAGCGGGUAGGGCGUUUGCCUUGCACGCAGCCGACCCAGGUUCGAUUCCCAGCAUCCCAUAUGGUUCCCUGAGCACUGCCAGGAGUAAUUCCUGAGUGCAGAGCCAGGAGUAACCCCUGUGCAUUGCCGGGUGUGACCCAAAAAGCCAAAAAAAAAAAAAAAAAACAACCCAGCAGCGAACAUGCUGGGAAUUAAAUUCCUUCUGUUUCUUUUUCUCCUCUGUCCUCAAAUGUUUUCCCUUCCACCCUUGCAUUCUGCUAGGGAAGUUGGAAACUGAUGACUGUGCCGGGGCUUUGCUGUCAGAUAAAGUUGAGACACUUUUCAUCUGACUCUCCAGCCUCGGUGAUUCUCUGAUGCCAGAGUGCUCCACGGCAAAAUCAGAACGGAAAAACACAACCAGCGUGUUUCUGCGGUACAGCACUGCACCUCUGUGCACUCAGCAGUACGGGCAACUCACACGGGCACACCAUGCCUGUCCCAUCUCCACGAGGGACCCCAGCUGCUGAGCCAGACGAGAAUGCUUUGGAGGGGGGCACGGAAAGAUAGGACACUGGGCAAGAUGCUUGCUUUGCACGCUAAGACCCGGAUUUGAUCACCGGCAUCCCAUAUGGUUCCCUGAGCACUGCCAAGGGUGAAUCUUGAGUGCAGAGUCCCUCAGUCAGGAGUAAGCCCUAAGCACCACUGGGUGUGGCAAAAAAAAAAAAAGAUGCUUUAGAUGCUUUAGAGGGAACCGACAAACUACCAACUACAAAUUGACCUGUAUGUCCUUUGACAUAAAGCUCUUUUUUGGAACUGACCCUCUUAAAAUUAGGCUGGGACAGGCAGUUAAUUACAUGACCCCCUCCCCAAAGCCACAUCCAGGGCUUAUAUGAAUGGGCUUUGCAGAGGGGAGCCUAGUUAUGGUCCCUGAGUGCUCUGGUGGGACAUAGUGUUUCUUCAGGGUCACGGUGGCAGCUUACUGGUGAGUAUAACCUACUUGCCAGCGAUGCCUAAGGGAAGGUGGCAGAAAUAGAUAAGCCACUGCUAACUGAAAGGCCACCCAUACUGGAGCUGGGGACUGUCUUAUUCUCCUUAGCCAUCUAGGCACACCUGGCACACAGAAGCCCUGCUCUGAGGCCCAGAGCCCCAUCACAGCCUGUCUCUGGCCACAGGACCUGGGCUGGUCCACCUCACAAGAGUCCUUCUGUUCACAAUAGUGAGCCAGCCGCUUGGCCCUGGUUCCUACUUCAGAUGAGCAUGUCUCAGCUGAUCUGAGAGCCCGUCUAUCUGUGCCCAGUCACCACCCCCCUGAAAUCUGGCGUGCAGGCUGAGUACAGCUCCCUUACCCAAUCUGGACUGUUGAUUACAAAAAUACCUACCAUUCUUCCCCUCUGCGCGAGCCAGCAGUCAGAUGCCUGAGGGCCUGUGGACACGGCCAUUGUUGCAAGGUCUGUCUGGGCUCACGAUCAGCACACCCGUUCCAGAUGGCCAGACUGUCAUGUAAAUAGUGGUGUGUACCCAAUGCCAUUUGCCACCCGGCACUCAAAUGAAUGAUUUAGUGUAGGGCCUUGGGAUUUAAUCCGUUAUUUCUCAAACCUGUAAGCCACAGCUCCCUCUCAGGUCUUAAGUCGCUCCAGAUCUUCCCCUUUGGCUAGAAGAUGCCCAGCCAUCCCUGAUCCCUUCCCAUCCGGCUCCACUCUCUCUGGGGCUAGACCUUCCCAAUGGGGCCCUUCAAGAAAGGGGAAUCAGAGCUGUUCCUGCGACGGGCAUCAAAGAAAGUGCUCCAUUGCUCUUCGGUUCAGGGACCUCUGUGGAGGGGUCAUUUCCCUUUUCUCCAGCGCUCAAGGAAGACCACAAGGUGCCCUUUGGUGAGAGGCGGGUAGACUCAGUUCGUGAGGGGUGGGGGCAUGGGAGGUGCGACAGAGGGGACCUUUCUUUGGCCAAGGGCAACAGCUUGAGAACCUCGGGCGCUUCAGAAAGAGGAGGGCUUUCUAAAUCAAAUCAGAACCUCCAGAGAUCCUCGGUGCCAGUUCUCCCUGUGAACCCGAGUGGCUCUAUCCUCUGUCCCCAAAUCACUUAGUGGGGCUGGCCUUGUAGAUAAGGCAAAGGACAAAUGAAACUGCCCGGGAAUGGGCCUGCCACGGGCCUGCCUCCGCGGGCAGGACUGUCACGGUGGCUGGGGAGCCAAGACUGAAGACACCAGGCGUUGAAAUUCUCAUAAUUUUAAUGGUCAAUAGCUUCUGGUUGGCUCUGAAUGGUACAGUUAAACAAUAUACUUAAAGCCCCCCUCCCAAGCACGGUCACACCCCCUCAGUAGCGCUGCUUCCAUCCAAGUCCCGCUGCCAGGUCAGACUUCCACAGCCUCAGAUCCUGCGGGUCAGAAACCCACAUCUUAGUGUAAUGAGUCGAAAAACCCUUGGUACACUUGUGAUCUGUGUUACUUUUUUUGCUUUGUUUCUUUAAAGAACAAGUAUUAAACCAAACAGCUUCCCAGGC